AUGCAGAGGACCACUCAGGCAUUGCGACACGGGCCCCUCGAUAUGGGCAUUAGAUGCAUACAUAGACGAGUUGGUAUGCUGAGCUUCAAAGGUCAAAACAUCGCCCUAUUUCAAGAUGAGACUUACGUCCGCUCCUCAUCCACCUCGUCAUCAGUCCUCUCGAAACGGUGCACAAUAUGCCAGAGAUCGUCCAGCGACGUUUUCCGGACGAGGCUCAGACGUAGCAUCUCGCCAACUCGACCACGAGGCAAACUGCGUCAACUCUUACGAAUCUACCGAGGCCGAGAGGAACACUUCCUAAUCUACCACUCACUUAGUCUCACUGUUCCCGCAGGCUUUUACCUUCCACCAUCAUAA